AUGGUGUUCCAUCUGAGACAUGAGUGCGGAAAAGCUCCUUCGUUGCAAUGUCCACACUGGUUUUUGGAGAAUGUUGUGUUGUUUGAUGAGAAAUACAGCAAACCUUCAGAGAAUUUCAAGUGCCAAAAUUGUGGUAAAGAAUAUCGCUACAAGGGUAACUUGAAGUUUCAUCUGAAGAAUGAGUGUGGCAAGGAACCUUCGCUGCAGUGUCCGCACUGUCCUCAUAGGACAAAACAGAAGAGAUAUGUGGAGUAUAACGAAUUCAACGAAAUGGGGAAUUUCAAGUGUCUCAAAUGUGAGAGAAACUAUCGCCACAAGCGCACCUUGAUUUAUCACUUGAAAAAUGAGUGCGGAAAGGAACCUUCACAGCAGUGUCCACACUGUCCUCAUAGAACCAAACAGAAAAGCAACAUGAGACCAAAAUGCAAUACUCCAAUUGCGGGGUACAAAGUACUGGAGAAAUACGUGAAGCUGAGUGGUGUGAAAAAUUCGAUAGCUCUCACAGCAACUCUACUGAGAAAGCAUUUGGCUACAAUUACCCAAAUCUGCAACUUGAAUGAGGGAGGCAUCGAACAGCUGGCCACCUUCAUGGGGCACACAGAUAGAGUUAAUCGAGGAGAAUCACCAGAUGAUGUCUAA